UCUGGUGUAACUAAAUUGACUGCCUUCUUUUUUGUUUACGACGCUACUGAAAGAAAACACGAGAGCAUUCCCGAACUUUACGGAAACGCCGUGGAAGGAGGAGAGGGUGGAGCUAGAGAGUGACCCGGAAACAGAAGUGACUCUCACAGGCGGAGUGCUGGGAAGCGGUAUCGGCGAUCGCAGCGGGAGAAGCAGCAAUUUAUCUGCUUGCAGCCCCAACCUGGGAAGAAGAUGCUAAUUAAAGUGAAGACACUGACCGGAAAGGAGAUUGAGAUUGACAUUGAACCCACAGACAAGGUGGAGCGGAUCAAGGAACGUGUGGAGGAGAAAGAGGGAAUCCCCCCCCAACAGCAGCGGCUCAUCUACAGUGGCAAACAGAUGAAUGAUGAGAAGACAGCGGCUGAUUACAAGAUUCUAGGUGGUUCAGUUCUCCACCUGGUGUUGGCUCUGAGGGGAGGAGGUGGCCUUAGGCAAUGAUGGACCUUCCCUCCCUUUUACCUCCUUACCCUGUUGCUCAUAAUGAGGCAUCACAUAUCCUGUCGCUCUCUGGGACACCAGAGCCACCAUCCCGUCCCCUGGAUGCCCAGUCUUGUGUGUCUACUGGUGGGAGAAUAUGAGGACCCCAGGAUGCAGUGUUCCUGGCCCAAAGGGCGCUUGCUGGCUAUUGGGAUGUCGCUUGCCAUCCUGUGUGCUUCCCUCUCUUAUGGCUGUGUCCCUGUUUGUCAAUAAAAUAUUUCCUGGCC